AACUCCUUCCCGGUUUCCAAGCCCGCCUAUAAAUAACAACCCCACAAAAAAGUCACAAAACCCAAACCCAAUCCCAAUUCAUUUCUUUCUCUCUUCCACCCUCCCCACACCCCCAAAUUAUUCAACAAAUUCAAAAAAAAAAAAAAAAAAAAAAAACCCAAGUAGAGAGAUCUCGAUCUCCGAAUAUUCCCUUCCUUCUACUUCCACGAGAGCGAUAUAUGGAGAUGGGAAAUGGAGGAGGAGGAGGAGGAGAGGUUAGGAGGGUGAAUGUUGUGUAUUUUCUCAGCCGCGGCGGCAAGGUCGAGCACCCGCACCUCAUCCGCGUCCACCACCUCCACCGCGCCGGCGUCCGCCUCCGCGAUGUGAAGAGGUGGCUAUCGGAAUUGAGGGGGAAGGACAUGGCGGACUCCUUUGCCUGGUCUUACAAGAGGUAUAGGAGCGGAUACGUAUGGCAGGAUCUGACGGACGACGAUCUCAUCACCCCGAUCUCCGACAACGAAUACGUCCUCAAAGGCUCCGAACUCAUCCCCCAUCGCCCUCUCCACCCCACCACCACCACCACCACCGCCGCCGCCAUUAACGCCCAACCCUUUCCUCCUUCUUCUUCUUCUUCUUCUUCUUUCAGUGAGAAAAGUUCGAGGGUGGCUGCUGCAGCGGAGGAAGACGAGGAGGAGAAAGAAGAAACUAAAGAAGAAGCAGCACCAGCAACAACAGCAGCAGCAGCAGAAAAGCUGAAUCCGAAUCCGAACCCGAAUCCGAAUCCGAAUCCGGCGGAGACAGUCUGGAUCGAGGCAGCGGAGGAUGACGAGGUGUUGUCACUGAAUCCUCCGCCACUGCCGCCGCCGCCACCGCGGGACUCGUCGGACGAGUCUGCGGCUCAACGACGCAGCGCGGUGUUCAAGAUCGACGCCCGAGAGGCGGUGCAGCAGCAGCAGAUAGAGGAGGAGAAGGAGAAGGAGAGAGGAGAGAGGAUGGCGGGGGAAUCAGAAAGGCGGAGCCAGAGCCGGAGCCUGCGCCGGGCGUCCCACGCGCUCCGCAGCAUCCUCACCUGCCGCGCCGUCGAGACCAACGACGCGGCGCUGCGGCCAGUCAGCCGGCGCGAGCGGAGCAGCGGCAUCGGCGGAGAUGGAUCGCAGCUGGCUGCUCGCCGGCGGACAAAUUUGGAAGGCCGCCGUUACGACUCCCGGAAGAGCAGGUCUGGUGGCGGGAAAGGGACGAAGAUGGCGGGAGAAAAGGUUGGUGUGGCGUCCGCAGCGUCUUUUAAGCCUUUUGGCGCGCCCUACUGCUCGCAAUGCGGGAAACCGUUCAACCCAGAGAAACUGCACUCACACAUGAAGUCAUGCAAAGCUUUAAAGGCAAGAGCGAAAGGUUAUACAAAUCUGUAAAAGAAAAAUAAAUAUAUAUAGUCGAGAAGUAAAAUAGCUUUUGCAGUCGCAGGCAUCACCAGGCUAUUUUUGUCGGCUUUUUCUAGUUUUUUUUUAAUUUUCUAAACUAGUAGCCACAUAAACUUAGAUAUGUAAAUGUUUGUUUUGGAGAGCUAUAUAUGGAGUGGUCAUUAUUGACCACAUUGUGGAAUUGCUAAAUUAGAAUGCUCAAGUGAAGAAGUGGCAUAGAGAAAAAAGAAGAAUUAGAUCGAUGGAAAUUAAGAAAAAAAUAAUGGAAUUAUAUGAUGCUAAAGUACAUAAAAGAUAACUUAUUCGAUCUGUUUGUAACCUAUUAAAAAUUGUUUGUUACAUGUAGGUGGAGAAUAGUUUUGGUAA